CCUCAGGAGCCGCCUCGGGCCGUGCUGUGGUGAAGCAGUGCCGGGGCCGUGCGGGGCUCCGCUGCCCGCCACACACAUCAUGGCGGCGCUGCGCUGCCAGCCGCACUCAUCAUGGCGGCCCCCAGCCCUCCCUACUCCCAAGAUGGCCGCCGUGCUGAGUCCAGCCCACCCGCACCCAAUAUGGCCGCUCGGCAGCGCCGUACGCCACGCUCAACAUGGCUGCCGCCAGUGACAGCCGGGGAGGGGUGGUGAGCAGGGAGGUGAUGCCACUUCCGGCCGAGCGAGCGGUACUUCCGGCAGAGGUACCUGCCCGGUUUAUAAUGGAGUCGGCCGAGGUCCGGCCGGGGGUGGCGGUGACGCUGCGGGCGCUGAACGAGGCGCUGGGGCGGCCCGGAGCGCUGUGGGUGAAGGAGAGCAGCGCCCGCAACCUGCGGCACCGGGAUUUCCUGGCGCCGCUGGCCGCGCUGCGUGCAGCCUUCCCGGGAGGGCAGGUGCCGGCGGACGUCUUGGAGCUCGUGACGUCACUCUGCGGCGCGGGAGUGCUGCCGGUGAGCAGCGCUCAGCAGACACCGGCGGGGUUGGAGGUGCGGCUGCAGCGACCCGAGGCGUUCCGGCGGCUGCUGCUGUGCUCCGGGCCGGGCCCUCCGCCCGCACCGGCCCCGGCCGUGGUGCUGCACUGCCCGGCCCUGCGCGGCCCCGGCGCCCCGCGGCCGCGACACCUCCGCCCGCUGCUGCUGGCCGAUCACCUGGCGCAGCUGCUGCGCGCACAGGGGGUCCACGUCCGCCUGGUGCCCGCGCUCUCGGAGGAGGGGCCCCAGGAAGUGCUGCGGCAGCUCCGCAUUGACUGGCCCGCCGGCCCUGCCGACCCCGACCUCUCUGAUGCCGUCUCGGCGUUGAAGCGAGGGCUGGCCCGGGCGCCUUGUGUCGCAGGUGGCGGGCAGGGGCCGGGCGCAGCCGCGCUGCCCGCGGAUGUCAUCUGUAAGGUGCAGCUGAAGGGCUUUGUGGAGCAGCAGGGCCUGGUGGGGUACGACCCCAAUCUGGAUGUGCUUCUGGUGACAGAGGGGAAGCUGCGGUCUGUGGCUGAGCUGCAGCAAGCUGCUCUGCAAUGCACAGCUGGAGGCCAUGGGAGCUGCUGCAGCAUCUUGCAUGUGGUGAGUUGCGAGGAGGAAUUCCAGCAGCAGCAGCUGGAUCUGCUCUGGAGGAUUCUGGAUCCAGGACCUCACACAGCUUUACAGAAAUACCUCGUCUGUGGGUCAGUAAAGGUGACAAACACCUCAUCACCCAUUGGGGCAGACCAGUACCUCCAGCUCCGAAAGCGCCAGAUGUACGAAGCCUCCGUGAUGAAGUACGGGGAGCUUGCACAAGAUGAGGCCUGGACUGAGGUGAUCGAUACCCUCACAGCGGCUGCCAUCAGGUUCGAGAUGCUGAGCACUGCUCACCGCAGUCAGAUCACACUGGACUUGCAGGACAGCAGCAUCUCCACCAAGGGAACCAAGAGUGGUGCAUUUGUGAUGUACAACUGUGCCCGGCUGGCCACGCUCUUUGACACCUUCCAGCGAGCUGUGGAGCAGGGCACGUACCCACCUCUGCCACCACCCUCUGAGCUGAACUUUUCCUGCCUCCGGGAAGAGGGCGAAUGGCUCCUGCUCUUCAACUACCUCCUGCCCUUCCCAGAAGUCCUGCAGCAGGCAGCACAGCUGCCUGCACCCACCAAAGGGAUCCGGAUCACAGCCAACACAGAAGCAGUGUGCAAGUUCCUGAUCCAGCUCAGCAUGGAUUUCAGCUCCUACUACAACCGGGUGCACGUCCUGGGGGAGCCGUUCCCUCACCUCUUUGAGCAGAUGUUUGCCCGUCUCCAGCUGCUGGCAGCGGUGCGGGAUGUGUUCCACAGCGCGCUGGGUACGCUGCACCUCCCACCACUCAGCCAGAUCUGAGCCACCCCUUGAAAGCCACAUCACAGUGUGACAGGCAUCAGUACACCCCACCACCACCGGGGAAGGACAAGGGCACGUUCAUCCUGGCAGGGAGAGGGGCUGCCCCAAUGUCAGACAGAGGGGUCAGGACAUGACUCACCCCAUGCAGUUUGGGGGUUUGGUUACAUGGACAUAGUGUGCCAUAUUCAACCAGCAGAAGGGAGGAUGCUGGAGUGCCCUGCAGGCCAGACUGGGGCAUACUGGGAGAACCAACACCAGGGACCAGGCACUAGAAAGCCAGGCACCAACUGUACUUCCCCCCACGCUGUUUACUGAAGGUGGCUCCAUGCUGGCAGGGAGCUCCUGAGGCUCUCGGCUCCUGUUGAGCCCUGGGCCAGGCCCCGUCACUGAGGUCCAAUACAUUUGUUGCUGGACAAA